AUGUUCUCCAGCAAGGACGUCUCAAAAACCGCCCUCAAUGGCGACGCAACCCCUCGCUCCCGCGGCCCCUCCAUCAGCGGCGCUUCCUCUCCCGCUCCGCGAAAAGAAUCAAUAGAAAAGCCCGCCGAAAAGACCCCUGCCAAACCUAAAGAACCCGCCAAGCCUAAGGAGCCGUCAAGUCGCUUCGUUCUCCUCCCCGACGUCCCGGGCGGCCAUGAGCACCACUUGAGAUCCAGCCGAAGGCAGGAGAAGCUGUCCGACAUGUGGCGAAGCAUCAUCGGAAAGAAACAAGAGCCCCCGCCUGACAGCGAUCUCUCGCUCGUCUCCAACUGGGUCGAUUCGCUGCGCCAGGAGAAGGAGGACGCAAUCGACAAGAAGGGACCCCAGAAUUCGACGCUGGUGGAAAAGUAUGGCAAAUGCCAGGAAAUCGUCGGCCGUGGCGCCUUUGGCAUCGUCAGGAUAUCGCACAAGAAGAUGGGCACCAGCGGCGAGAAGCUCUUCGCCGUCAAGGAAUUCCGCCGACGGCCCGACGAGUCGGAGAAGAAGUACAGCAAGCGCCUCACGGCCGAGUUCUGCAUCUCCUCCUCCCUGCGCCACCCCAACGUCAUCCACACCCUUGAUCUGCUCAAGGACGCCAAGGGCGACUUUUGCGAGGUCAUGGAGUUUUGUGCUGGCGGCGAUUUGUACACUCUCAUCCUGUCGAGCGGCAAGCUGGAGGUUCAAGAGGCCGACUGCUUCUUCAAGCAGAUGAUGAGGGGCGUCGAGUACCUCCACGAGAUGGGCGUUGCCCACCGCGACCUCAAGCCCGAGAACCUGCUGCUCACCACUCGCGGCGCCCUGAAAAUCACCGACUUUGGCAACGGCGAGUGCUUCCGCAUGGCCUGGGAGACGGAUGCCCACAUGGUCUCUGGCCUUUGCGGCUCGGCCCCCUACAUUGCGCCCGAAGAGUAUACCGACAAGGAGUUUGACGCCCGAGCCGUGGAUGUCUGGGCUUGCGGUGUUAUCUACAUGGCGAUGCGGACCGGACGGCAUUUGUGGCGCCUUGCCAAAAAGGAGGACGACGAGUUUUACUCUCGCUAUCUGGAGGGCCGUCGCGACGAGGAGGGCUACGGCCCAAUUGAGUCAUUACAUAGGGCCCGUUGUCGCAACGUCAUCUACUCCGUGCUGGACCCUCAUCCCACGCGCCGCCUCACGGCUGCUCAGGUCCUCAAGUCUGAGUGGGUUCGCGAGAUUAAGCUCUGCAAGGCCGGCGAAGAAGGCCUUUGA